GAGCUCUACACAAUGACACUCAUCUCACGGCGCAGUCGUUUCCGGGCCGGCACGCGGUAUAAGCGGCGCGGAGUCGACGAGAAGGGAAAGUGCGCUAAUUAUGUGGAAACGGAGCAAAUCUUUCGAUUCGGGUCGCAUGUGGUGUCGUUUGUGGCCGUCCGCGGCUCGGUUCCCAUCUAUUGGUCGCAAAUCGGCCACAAAUACAGACCUCCGCCGCGCAUAGACCGCAACGAAGAGGAGACUCAGAUUGCGUUCAAUAAGCACUUCACGGAUGAGUUCGCUUUGUAUGAUAAUCAAGUGAUCGUGAGUUUGGUGGAGAAGACAGGGCGGGAGAAGAUCAUUAACGACGCGUACCUCAACCACGUACUCAACUUCGACAGCCCCGACAUCUCGUACGUCGCCUUUGACUUUCACGACUACUGCCGAGGGAUGCGCUUCGAGAACGUGUCGAUUCUCAUCGACUCGUUGAGAGACAUAAUCAAAGACAUGCGUUACUGUUGGACAGACAGUGAAGGCCUUAUAUGCGAGCAGAGGGGUGUGUUUCGGAUCAAUUGCAUCGACUGCUUGGACCGAACCAAUAUCGUCAUGACAGCCAUCGCCCGUACAGUAAUGGACACGCAGUUCGUGCGGUUAGGACUCCUGCCACCGGAGGGCCAGUUGUCGUCCAACUGUCGGCGCAUAUUUCAGAUGAUGUGGGCGAACAACGGCGACAUCAUUAGCCGCCAGUACGCGGGAACGGUAGCACUGAAGGGCGACUUCACCCGAACCGGCGAACGCCGUUUCACGGGAGUCAUGCGCGACGGCUAUCACUCGGCGAACCGCUAUUACCUGAACCGCUUCAAAGACGCCUACAGACAGGCGACCAUCGAUCUGAUGCAGGGCCUGACGGUCAGCGACGACCUCAGCAGCCCUGACGGGAGCGACACCUCUGUCGACGGGUCGACCAUCAGCUCGUUCUCCGAACAGGAAUACCACGAAAGGGUCAAAAUGGUGAUCGACGACUGCAAGAAGAUACUGAUCCCCGAGUAUGAGGUGAUAUUAGGCGGUUGGCCUCUCGUGGACGCCGACCCCGUGACCGGCUCCUCGUCGGUGGCCGACACCGAUAUGGACACAGUCCUAGUGCUGACCAAAGACUGCUAUUACGUCGCCGAAUACGACGACCAAACGGAUCGUAUCAUAAAAUACCAAAAAGUACUGUUAGAGGACUUGGAGAAGAUUGAGUUGGGGUCGGAGCCGAACCAGAUCUUCUCGAUGACUAAGAACAACCAGAGCUGUUGCAUACGGUUCCACUACUCCAUCGCCGGCCAGUCCGGCUAUUUCCAUAUGUUUCGCUCGACGAACACCCGCUUCUUCAACAACAUGGCGAUCCCCAUCCGCAACGUCGAUGAGGCCGUCGAGUCGUUGAAAGCCAUCUGCGAGUCGUUCAAAGUGGCGCUGAGUGUCAAAGAGCUGAACGUUCCCUUCUAUGAGGGAAAGCUGGACCGGCGUAAGAGUAAACUGAUUCACGCCAACAGGGAUUUGGCGCAAAACAAUCAACUGCUGAAAGUCGGGAACCAAAUGCCAAGGAAUAUAAGCGACGGUCAGCUGUUGAGCCUCAAGUCGGUCGGCUCGAGGGCUAUCACCGGCGUCUACAGUCAGUUCAGUCGACUGAAGGGCAAGUGGAACGCCGGAGAGAAGCCGCCGCCCAUACGCGAGCUGCCGGGCGGUGGGGGCGCCGGUGCCUACGACUCGCCAAAGAGCUGCUCGCCUUCCGUGUCGUUCAACGUUGAGAGCAGUUGUGAAGAGGACUCGGAAGAGGAGGAUUCGCUGCGAAAGUUGCAGAACAUACGCGUCCAGAAGCAAAACCUGCCCAUCAGUGGUCUACAUGCCAGCGCUGAGCGCACCUUCAGCUCCGACUACUCCGAGUGCAGUGAUAUCGACGACCAGGAGAUGAGCGACGCGCCCAUCGACGCCACGGAUGUGCCCACCGGUCGCGUAGACUCCGAUCGCGUGCUGGAGAGCUGCGGUAUUCUGGCGACGAGUCCGCACCGGUCGGACGCAUGCCUUCCCACCGACAGCGAAGGUAUGGUCAUAAAGGCGGGCAAUAAGUCGGUGUUCCAUGAAGUGGACGACUUUGUGUUGGACGCCAUGAAGAAGGCGUCCCUCAAACAGCUGCACCGGAAGGCGUCCCAGAGUUCCACUUCCCUGUCGUUCUCCGAACUCAAGGCCUACCCCUCGACACCACUCAUACAUAUCGACGACGGCAUAUCCAGUAGUGAGCCGUUUGUGGCGACGGGAGGAGGCGUUGACACGUUUGCCACGAAGAAUAAGAAGUCGCUCUCGAAGUCGUCCGAAGAGCUCAUGGACUCGAAUCGAUGUACGAAACUAGAGGGCAGUCAGCCGUCGUUCCGGACGGCCGAGUCGUACGCGUCGCUCAGUAAGAAUGAGGAGUUUUCCAUCACAAGUAAGGACUCGUCCCUCACAUCCGAUUCACUCAAUGUGUACAAUAAGAUGAAGACCUCUCACAGCGAAACCGCUAUUCAAGACUUCUCGGGCGGUCUGUCCCUAAACCUACCGAACCCGGCCCUCAACGUCAAGAAAGACUUAGUACUGUCCCCUCUCUCUCGUAUCGCCAAAGGUGUGCAACACUUGAGCAGUAAUCUAAGGACCGGUUUAAUUGCCGGCGCGGAGCACGCGAUGUCACCCAUGGAUACAGAAGCGCACCAAUUGCUGCAAAAGCGUAAAUCAUUAUCCAAGUCUAGGUUUAUAGAGUUAUAGGACACAUAUUCUGUGAUAUAUUAGUUCAUAAACAUUACAAAUGGCAUUAAUAGCUUUAAUUUAGGCAAUAGUUUUGAAUGAAUGUGUCAAAGCAAUCAAUGAAUUGAUACUUACCAUACCAAAUAAUAUUUAUGCUUUCAACACACAUACG